CAUAAAGCCUUUCGCAAGGCCUGCCGUGAUCACACCUGCCAUAAAGCCUUUCGCGAGGCCUGCCGUGAUCACACCUGCCAUAAAGCCUUUCGCGAGGCCUGUCGUGAUCACACCUGCCAUAUACGUUUAUACCGGUAGCAAUCAUUUUUUUCAAUUUAAAAAUAACUUGACAUUGACUCCUCUGCUUGAGAUACAUACAUUAUACAGUGAUGUGCGUGAUUGACAUUGCAAAGAAAAUAGCGUUAAAAAAAAAUAAAAGCCUAUCAUUUCUUAAAAUGUGUUAUAGGUUCGAUAAACACGUAGAAGGCGGUGAAAACACGUUCAUUGACCUGCACCGAGUGGCCCACAAACUGAGAGAUGAGUCUCCCGAUCUGUUCCACACGCUGACCAAGAUUCCGAGCUGUGCGCACACCGUGGCUUACAACAGGUUGGAAUGCUUUUAAACAUGGACGUGGUUGGAUUUAUUGAAGAUAAACUGAGGAGAAAAUGACAGUUUUAAAAUAGGUGACACGUGGAGGGAAAUGUGUUUUAAAUCAGUAAACAGUACUUGUCCCACUACUCCCAAAAAUGACGAAUACCGUAAGCAACCAUGUGACUACAUUGAUCACUGUAAGAAAGAAAUCAACACAGACAUCUUAAAGGUAAAAUAGGCUUUUUUUCCCCUGACAUCCAUAAGCAGUUUCAAUAAGCUGAGCAUCCACAAGCAGCAUCAGAAAUGUUAUAAGUAUAAGUUUAAAAUGUCUCGAGUGUUCUCCUUUAUGUAUCAGAGUACUGGGAAAUAACGAGAGCCUCGGAGUGGUAGACGGAUAUUUUACAGACCAAUUACAAAAGAUGAAUAAAAUCUGCUUUCCAAUGACGCCAUCCAAUUAAAAAAGUUAAGAAGCCAAACGAAAUCCUUACUAGUAAACCACGAGAGACGGCAUGGUCAUAAUUGCAGGAUUCCACCAAGCAACCCAUCGAACACCCAAAAUGAUGUACGGAAUCGUAGUCUUCGGGAGUAGCACAGUGAUAAGGAUUUGUGUAACUUGUGUUCAUCCAUUGACUCAAUCAGCCGUAGAGCAAGCCGACAUAAAGAAGCAUCAUGUUUUUAUUGAUAUAUUUCGAAUUUUAAAAGUAAGGGAACAACAAAUGAUUUUAAAAAGAAGGUUUUAAAUGAGUCAUGCGUUUGUGAGUCUAGUAAUCACAUGACUUUGAGAAUAUACAUAAUCUUUGACUUUACUUUCAUCAUGUUUAGCCUUAUAAUAUUUUUUUACGCGAGCAGUGGAAGAAUCAAAGCUUGAUGCUAGGGCACGAAAAGUGGAAGAAUCAAAGCAUGAUGCUAGGGCACGAAAAGUGGAAGAAUCAAAGCAUGAUGCUAGGGCACCAGCAGGGGAAGAAUCAAAGCAUGAUGGUAGGGCAAGAAAAGUGGAAGAAUCAAAGCAUGAUGCUAGGGCACCAGCAGGGGAAGAAUCAAAGCAUGAUGGUAGGGCAAGAAAAGUGGAAGAAUCAAAGCAUGAUGCUAGGGCACCAGCAGGGGAAGAAUCAAAGCAUGAUGGUAGGGCAAGAAAAGUGGAAGAAUCAAAGCAUGAUGCUAGGGCACCAGCAGGGGAAGAAUCAAAGCAUGAUGCUAGGGCAAGAAAAGUGGAAGAAUCAAAGCAUGAUGCUAGGGCACGAAAAGUGGAAGAAUCAAAGCAUGUUGCUAGGGCACGAAAAGUGGAAGAAUUAAAGCAUGAUGCUAGGGCACCAGCAGGGGAAGAAUCAAAGCAUGAUGUAAAGCAUCAUAAAUGUUCAGUUGGGAAAUGGCGUCGUCGGGCCGUCGAGCGUGAGCUCUUAAUGCCCUCCCCAACGCACCUCCAGGUGGCCCAAACACUGGGUCCCCCCGACGCCUGACCGUGCGGCGGCACACAAGGGACCUCCCCUGGCCUAGACCACCCCCCAUCCGCACCCAUUCGAUCUGAUUUGCAAAUGGAGGCCCUUCCUGCCCGGUGACGUCCGGUCGACCAAAAACGCUGCGUUUAAGGCGUCCGCAGCCGACUCUCCCAGGGAGUCGGGAUGGUACAUUAACGUCCUAAUACCUUCUUCCACCCAUUCCUGGGAAGCGUCAGACGCCCUUUAAGAGGGGAUCUACAGUGGGUUUCCACCUCGCAACUAGUUCGCGAAGUAGCUGAGACGAAAAGGUAGCCUGGGAGCAGCUUCCCCCAGGGCUGCGUAACUAGCAUCAUCGGCUAGAGGCUUCCACCUUAGCCUCUUGCCUCAUAUCCAUUUAUAGCGGCAACUUGUAAUCAUAAUGCCUACCAUGUCUCUUCCUUUACUUCCAACUGUGGAAAGUCACAGUUGGCAGCCCUGUAGGUGCUGUUUUUAUUCCGGCAGGUACCAUGCAUGUCCCUUGUCUGCCCACGUGGGACUCGAAAUGGUGGUCUUGUUCCCCGGGUAACGUUGAGGAAUACUGACUUAACAAAUGAGCCAAACACUAUCAAGUAUGUCUUCCAAUGCCAUCAAUCAAAACACCGGCUGCUUGCGGGAACGUAUGAAAUACACGAUUGCAUUAUUUAACUUUUAAACGCGGAAACUAACCAACAACAUGGACGAAAAACUCAUCUGGCCAACUUAUUUUUAAAGUUUAAAAUUUCUUAGGGAAAAAUAUGACUGCAUGAGAGUAUGUAAGAUUAGUUUGUGGUGUACAUAAACUAAUCUUACAUACUUUAAGGCUCAACAGAUUUUGCAGGACAACACUAGCAUCCAAUUUUGCUCUAAGUCUUUCAACUCAAAGAAAAAACAACAAAAAAUUAAAGCAUAGAAUAUGAGCACAUCUAAAAAAAUUACCUACUACAGAAGGUCGUGCCAACUUUGAUUCUGAGAAUAAUUAUAAUGGGGUAAGACAGGUGUGUGCGUGUGGGAGAUUUGAUGACCAUAUGGUGUGGUGUCCGGAAAACUAAUCAACUUAUGGAAAGAGAGACGCAACGCGUAUACUAUAAUACAAAAUUUUCUCUUAAAUUCUUCUAUUGCUGGAAUUUCUGCCUCUUGAAAAAUGCCGCGCUUAGCAGCCGCAUAUAUAGCCUAUAUCACCUUUAUCGCCUAUUCGCCUAUAGCACCAAUAUCACCUGUCCAUAAAACCGGUACUAGGCACGAGCGCGACUUACAUAAUUUAAAAUACACUGAAGGACAUCAUUUUAUUGAGAAGACAAGUGAUCCACUUUGUGAACUAAGCUAUAAUGUAAAAUAUGUUUUUCCCUCCAGAGAAUUUCCUGCUCACGUCUGCAUCCAGAGGCCCCUGAUUGCUCUGAAUCAUAAAGAUGAAGUAAGUUAAUAACCGGUUCUGUCACUUUCCGUCACAUAAAAUACGUCUAUUUCUUUGUAUUAAAAAAAAAUAUAUUUAGACUUAUGUUACAACCAGUUCGGUAAAAUAGUCAAAAUUUGACAACCUUAACAGUCCGAACCGGUUCCAGCGCACCGCUGUUGUGGCAUAUAGUGGAAUGAUUUUCGUUUUUUUUGUUGUUGUUGUUUUGUUGUUUUGUUUGUUUUAUUUUUUGGGGUGGGGGUGGGGGGUUGGGGGGAUUCAUGGGGGAAAAGUAGGAAGGGCUUGAGGUGCUGAGAAUUAAGGCUUAAAAAUACAAAUGACAGAUCCUCUGUAAACUAUUGUAGCCCGAAAACUCAGCUUUCCUGCCCAGUGUGUGGAUAUGUCUUAAGGCGAAUUCAGGACAACACUGUUAUAAUAUUAUUAACGGAGUUUACCACUAAGAGUUUUAACAGUUUGUUCUUUUUAAAACUCAGAUUGUUAGCGUUUAUUGGCAUCCCAUGUUGGUCGGACCCCUGCAGGUGUCAGAGGUAAUGAGUGGUGUCAAUAAUUAGUGCAUAGAUUUAGCACGAAUCCAUUACAAGACAAGUUAAAAAGCAUGGAAACUUCAGGAGGCAGAUAACGUGCAAGGAAAUAAUAUUACACAAAAUUCAAAAUGUAACAAAGCUUUUUUUUUUUUUUUUUUGAAAUGGCGUCCAUUUUUUUUAACCAUUAUUCAAUUGUGAGGAAUUAUAAGGAAAAAUGCAUAUACUUAAGUUAAACGCAGCUGAAGCAUUUCUAAUUUUAAAAGCAUGGAAACUUCAGGAGGCAGAUAACGUGCAAGGAAAUAAUAUUACACAAAAUUCAAAAUGUAACAAAGCUUUUUUUUUUUUUUUUUUUGAAAUGGCGUCCAUUUUUUUGAACCAUGAUUCAAUUGUGAGGAAUUAUAAGGAAAGAUGCAUAUACUUAAGUUAAACGCAGCUGAAGCAUUUCUCAUUUUCUGAAUAGGAAUUUAUCGAACCGUUUUACAAGGCUUACAAGAAGUUGUACACAAUGGUUCACUGCAGUCAUUCACUGGUGAGUAAGGCACCAAUUCAUUGUUAACAUUAGUUCUUAACCGAAAACGUUGUAUUUGUUGUGAUAUCGCUACCUUUAAAAUGGGGUUCAUUUGACGCUGAGUCUAUAGCAUGAAUAAGUUUGUCACAAACCUUCACAUUUUCUUUUGUUAAUUUUUUUUUUAAAUAAAAAUUUUAGGUGGGCUCAGGCAUUUAGAAAAAAAAUAUAUUAGUCGUUACAGUUGUAAUGACAAGCACCACGAGGUAUUGCCUCAAACCUCUAUUACAGGCCUGCACAACAUACGGCCCGUGGGACGCAUGUGGCCCGCCAGCACCCACUCUGUGGCCCGCGAGGUAUCGGAAAAACUCGUUAUUCUUAUUAUUUUCUUAAUAACUUUCCCCCUGACCUAUAUUUUUUUGGCCCGCACAAGUCCUAUCCUAGCCUUUGGCCCGCACACGUUUUUCAUAAUGCAUUACGGCCCGCCUUACAUUUUGAGUUGUGCAGGCCUGCUCUAUUAUACUGAUCAAAUGAUGUAUUUUUAACAUAAAUCUUGACAAGAUGUAUUGCAUUUAGAGCGUGCGCGUGGUUGAUUCAUAAUUAUUCACCUGCAUUCCCUUUGUAAAGAAAAUUGAUGAAUGGCUUUCAAAAUAAACGGUUGAAGAGUCAAGUUUGUUUAAAGUUGUACUAAAAUUUAAAUAUCGACAUAAAGUAUAUAAUGGAAAUAAUUUGGUUGAGGGAUCUUUUGAAAUUAUUCUUGUGAAGAUUUUCAAAUAUUUUCCAGUUCAAACAUAAGCUGCAACCUGGAGAUAUGAUAACUUUCAAUAACAGAAGAGUUCUGCAUGGUAGGGCAGCGUUCACGGACAACGGCAAGCGGCUUCUGCAAGUAUGUUGCAAUACUUAUAGUCUAUGGAUAACUGUUGAACGGUGAAACAACUUAUAAAGCAUCUAGUCAUUCUGAAUGUCUAUUCUGUAAUUCUAUCCGUAUUGAGAUAGGGCUGUUACAUUAAUGUCUGUAAUUCUACACUCAAUGAAACAGUGCUGUCACAUUAAUGUCUGUAUUUAGUAUUCUAUCCUCAUUGAAACAGGGCUGUUACAUCAAUAUCUCGGAGUUUCAAAGCAAAGUUCAAAUCUUUCACAACAAAUAUGGCGGCGGUCGGCUGGCCACGAGGUGUGGGAGCAACGAUUGGCUGUGAAGUGUGUCACUUGUUCUUUGACACAAUGAACAUUUCACAAUGAAGAAGAAAAACUCAUUUUUAAUAAGUAACACUGUUGUGAAGUGUGUGACGUAUUAACGUGUCUAAUAAAGAGUUCACAGAUACAAAAAAA